CUCGCAAGACCGCGACUAAGGCCCGCCGCUGAGGGCCCUGCCCCUCUCCGCACGGAUCGCGGGCGCGGUCUCAGGCGUACGGUGAAGGUCGUCCCCUAUAAGACGAUGUUUUAGGGAUCGUUCUCUGCUUCAUGCCUUGCGACGUCGGUGCAUACGCGGUCCUUCGCAUCACUGCUCGUAUACCCCUCAAGCAUCUCCUCGUCCUCGCUGUCUGCGCUCUCGCCCUCACACUCACGAUUACUACCCUGCACGUCACCUCCCUCAUACCCUGCAUAUCCCCAUACCUCGCAUAGUCCUGUCGCCGCACACACACAUCCUCCUCCUCCCCACCGCACGCACGUACGUAUCUUUCUCAUCUUAUCCUGUAUUUAUAUGUCCC